AUGGACUCCAAAAAAAAGUUAAAUCUUCGUCAAGAAAACUCGUCGUUUGAAGAUCUUGAUGUAAAAGUGCUUUAUUUUAAUACUUCCCCAUCACUGAAAUCAUCAGUAGCUUCUCAAUACAAAUCGAGUUUCCUCGAAAGAAGAGAAGAGAUGUCGUCAAAGCCAAGCAUUUCUACGCCCAGCGUUGUUAGUCCUCAUUCUAUAGAAAAAGCUCGUGCAUUCAGGGAAACUGAAGCAGAUUCACUGGUGGGGUUCGACACCUUUGAAGACUUCUGCACACUACCAGUGUCACCUCAACGCUACGUGGGGAAUUUUCAAAAGAAUUACCUGGACUGUGGGCAGUGGCCAGAUGUAACACCAGACGAACAAGUCAAUUUGAAGAAAAAAUGUCAGAUACUGCAAAGAGAGUGCGGGAAAUCAGAAGCAGCGAGAAGCAGGCUGGAGAAUGAGCUUGACGCAUACAAAAGUGGAAAAAUACCAUGCAAAGGCUGCAAAAUUUUGAAAGAGAAAAAUAAAGUCACCAAAAAGGCGUUAGAAGAAGCAGUGAAACUGAGCGGCCUACUAUUAAACGAAGUUCAUAGAUUAGAUUCAGAACUAAGGCAGCCAGAAUGCUCACCGAGAAACAAUAAAAAAGUAGUAUUUACAACAAAAAUGUAA